GCAAAACAUUAUUACCGUCUUUGGUAACUUCAUAACGUGGAUAUGGGACCAGCAUGGACUUAAGGAUUACUUUGAAAUAUGGUGGCUGGAGAUCGCGUCACCAUGGUGAUAAUGUUGGUGUUAGGGAUUCAUGGGGAAGUUUGCCUCAAGAGCUCCUCAGAACAUCUACAAAUUUGCUUAACCCUAACUUUGCCGAAUAUGAUAAACUAAGAGGCGUCAACAGUCAUUGGAGGGGAACGUUUCCUUCUUUCCGUGAUGGAAGUUUCAGAGAGGAAAGGCCUUGGUUGUUGUACCGUGAAAUUGGAUCCGGAGAGACCCGUUUCUACGACCCUGUGAGAGAGAGUCUACACUAUAGGAAAGACCCAAAUCUUGAAGGGGCCAAAUUCUUAGGAUCAACAUUGGGUUGGGUUGUUAUGUCCGACUCCAUUGCCAUACACCCACGCCAACACCACCAAACUUUCUUAUACAACCCGUUCACUUCACAACGGUACCAACUACCCGUUCUCACCAUUGGAAACCAAUAUCGCGAUAGUGUGAUCCGUUACGGUGUGCUCACGGGAGAUCCACGUGAAGACAAUACUUAUGCUUGUCUCCUAGCCGAUAGCUUUUCCGAUAAUAAUCUUAUGGAUACACCGCAUGGGCAUGUUCUUGAUCUACAAAUAUAUUAUGUAGCCAAGAGGAACGGAGAAUGGGAUCAGAACUGGUCAGUGACUCAUAUCCCUACCUCAGACCAUCACAUUUAUAAUUCGGCUAUACAGGCCAUCUCCCCAUCUGCGGACAAAAUAUCAAUUUUAUUACGGGUGCGCCAUACUUUUGACUUCACCUUCCAAACCCAAGAAUGGAAUGUCUCAAAGACUCAAGAGAAUGAUCCCAUCGAAUGGAAUCCUUUCCACGGCCAAUCUUUUGAUCAGAUGAAAGAUCGUCUUCAGAUAUCUCCACAAACUCUAGCCAUUAUAGGCACUAAAACUGAUCGCGAGAGAGUGAGAAACAACCGUUGGGGUGCUUAUGACGGUCAAAGCGUUUCUUACAUUGACGGAGUUUGGGUUGAGGUCAUUUCUCGCCAAGCCACCAUAAAUAUAGGAACCAUUGGUCAUGUCGCACACGGUAAAUCGACUAUUGUGAAAGCUAUCUCUGGUGUUCAGACUGUGCGUUUUAAGAAUGAAUUGGAGUGUAACAUUACCAUUAAACUUGGUUAUGCAAAUGCAAAGAUUUACAAAUGUGAGGAUGACAAGUGCCCUAGACCAAUGUGUUACAAUGGAAAAGAAGACAACCCGAAUUGUGAUGUCCCUGGAUUUGAGAAAUGCAAGAUGAAACUACUGAGACAUGUCUUAUUUGUCGAUUGUCCGGGACAUGAUAUUCUUAUGGCGACAAUGCUCAAUGGAGCAGCAAUCAUGGAUGGUGCUUUACUUUUAAUUGCUGCUAAUGAGACUUGUCCACAACCACAAACUGCUGAACAUCUUGCUUCCAACACAAAUGCUGAGGAUGCACCUAUAGUUCCUGUCUCAGCACAACUGAAAUACAACAUUGAUGUUGUGAGUGAAUACAUUGUCAAGAAGAUACCAAUCCCUGUGAGAGACUUUGUGUCACCACCGAAGAUGAUUGUUAUUCGUUCUUUCGAUGUCAAUAAACCUGGCUCUGCUGGUCAUGAAAUGAAAGGUGGAGUUGCUGGUGGAAGUAUCCUCCAGGGUGUUUUGAAAGUGAACCAACUGAUUGAAAUUAGACCUGGUAUCACUGGCAAAGAUGAACUUGGAAACUCAAAAUGCACUCCAAUUUACUCUCGUAUAACUUCACUAUACGCGGAACAGAACGAGCUUCAGUUUGCUGUCCCGGGAGGUCUAAUUGGAGUUGGAACAACCAUGGACCCUACGCUUACGCGUGCUGAUAGGUUGGUUGGUCAAGUCCUUGGUGAAAUGGGUUCUCUCCCUGAUGUCUUUGUUGAGCUUGAAGUAAGUUACCAGCUUCUGACUCGUCUCAUUGGAGUAAGGACAAAGGAAAGAGAGAAGCAAAUGAAAGUGUCAAAGCUAACCAAAGAAGAGAUACUAAUGGUGAACAUCGGGUCGAUGUCUACAGGAGCUAAGGUUAUUGGAGUGAAGAAAGAUAUGGUGAAACUCCAACUGACGUCUCCGGUAUGUACCACCAUAGGAGAGAAGGUGGCUUUAAGCCGCCGUGUCGAUAGGCACUGGCGUCUUAUUGGUAAGGGUCAGAUUCUGGCUGGAACCACCAUUGAUGUUCCUCCUCCUCCUUUCUAAUGAGGUAGUGAUGAUUUUUUCUUUUUUUUUGCAUUCAAAAAUAAUAAACAUCUGAACUUUUG